AAUCUCAAGAGCUUCCCCAAAGCCAAUCAUUUUCAACGCUUCCUCGUUUGGCCCCUAAAAUGAUCUUCCUCUUCAUUCGCUCUUAAAGCAACCCACCUAACUCUCACAGUCAAAAACACAAACACUUAGCAAACAAUGCUGACACUAAAACCCUUACCCGCAAACACAAAACCCUCGUUCCUCCAUUCCUUAACCCCAUUCAGACCCAAAACCCAAACCCUAACAAAACCCUUCAAACCUCACUCAAACCCCGCAAUCCAAUCAGUCCUACAAUGGAACAGAAAGCCCGAACUAGCUGGUGAAACCCCAAGAGUUGUCGUGAUAACAUCAGGCAAAGGUGGUGUCGGAAAAACCACAACAACUGCAAAUGUUGGCCUCUCCUUAGCUCGCCUUGGCUUCUCUGUUGUCUCAGUUGAUGCUGACGUAGGUUUGCGCAAUCUAGACCUUUUGUUAGGGUUAGAAAACCGUGUAAAUUAUACUCUUGUUGAGGUUAUGAAUGGGGAUUGUCGGUUAGACCAAGCGCUUGUCCGCGAUAAGCGUUGGUCUAACUUUGAACUGUUGUGCAUUUCUAAACCCAGGUCGAAAUUGCCACUUGGGUUUGGUGGGAAAGCACUUGUUUGGCUUGUCGAGUCUUUGAAAUCGCGGCAAGAAGGGUGCCCGCAUUUCAUUUUGAUUGAUUGCCCAGCUGGGAUUGAUGCAGGGUUCAUUACGGCGAUAACUCCAGCUAACGAGGCUGUUCUGGUAACAACUCCUGAUAUUACUAGCUUGCGUGAUGCGGAUAGGGUUGUAGGUUUGUUAGAAUGUGAUGGAAUUAGGGAUAUAAAGAUGAUUGUUAAUAGGGUUAGGACGGAUAUGAUUAAAGGGGAAGAUAUGAUGUCGGUGUUGGAUGUGCAAGAAAUGCUGGGCUUGGCAUUGUUGGGGGUGAUUCCGGAGGAUACAGAGGUGAUUAGGAGUACUAAUAGAGGGUAUCCACUUGUUUUGAAUAAGCCACCUACACUGGCUGGAUUGGCUUUCGAGCAAGCUGCUUGGAGACUUGUUGAGCAGGAUAGUAUGAAGGCUGUUAUGGUGGAGGAAGAGCCAAAGAAACGUGGGUUUUUCUCGUUCUUUGGUGUAUAGAGGUUUGUUCUGUGAAGAAUGCAAGAAAGUGGGAAGUUGUGUAUAGUUGGGUUAGUGUAAGUUUGAUUUCUUUUUCGCACUGCUUUUAAGUUUUUCUGUCAUUUGAUGCUACGAAGAUGAUUCCCAGCAUUAGUUGGUAGGGGUGAUGAAUUUGAAUUGUCCAUGAGUUGCGUGAAAUUUUGCAAUGUGAAUUAGUCUUUGUACUUGUGAAUGUGGCUAAUUGGAUUGUUGCUACCUAAUGAUAUUGUUGUGUUUCUUUUUGCUCA